UGAAGAGCGCGCUUCCCUGAGAGCGUCACGUUGCCUUCAUUGUUUCAUGUAGCUGUUAAAGAAAAUGGUGUUCACUGCUUUUGGAGAGGGCUUAUUUCGACUGGACUAACGCGAAUUGCUUGGAGUUAUAACAUGUGCAUAUUGAAACUCGCUGGCAAUAAUGCGGAUACAGAUCUAUAUCGGUGUCUCCGUCUUAAUGCUGAUCCAAAAAACCGCCUCAGAGGAUAGUUUUCCUGGCAGCCCAACGCCAAGGUCGUGGCUUCGGUUCGCUGCAAGGACCGACAGAGAUGCGUUCAGACGGUCGGCGAGUCUCCCGUCUCCUGCUAAAGUGUCUGUUCGGUGCGACAGCUACGGAGCCGAAGUCCGAUGGGAGUACCCCGGUCUCGCCGAAGACGUUUACUUCCAGGUGAAGGUGAAAGACGAAUUCGGCGAAAGGGACUCUAAUCUCACACAAAACCUGCUUCUAAACAUAUCCAGCAUGCUGUUCAGCACGGCGUACAACCGCUACUACGUCAACGUGACGGCCGUGCGAGGAGGAGAGAAGUCCGAGCCGUCCAGUUCGGAUGACUUCAGCUAUAAUGAGUUUUCUUUGGUCAACAUUAAGUGUCAUCUGGAUUUCCCCGAGGUUAAACUUUCUCCCAAAGACGGCAAGCUUCACGUGCGGUUCGUCAACCCUCUUCGUCUGUACAGACGCUCGCCGGUUCUGCGGGACGUCACGGACGAUCUCCUUUACAACGUCCAAACGGAAAAGGGGAAGACGUUCAAGUCAGUCUGUAAAAUGGAUCUAAACGCAUCGUGCGAGACGUCCGUAGAGUUCACGGAGCACGUAGGCAAAUACUGCAUCAAUCUGACCGGAGGGAUCGGACAGAGGCUUUUCAAUCUCAAGAGCACCUGUUUCACAGGAGACAUAAGAAACUAUAUUCCAGUGACCGUGUACAUAUAUUCAGCGCUGGGGGCCGUUUCAACGCUGCUGGUUAUAACUGUGGUCAUCAUGCUGUUAGCGAGGAAGUGCAACUCGGACAUGAAGAGGAAAGUUUUCUCCAUGUUCCAUCAUUUCUUUGAUUUCGGGGAAAUGCAAUCACACCAGGCAGGAACACUGCAUGUGGAGCAGGAUAACGUGGUAAAUGUGCUGAUCGAGCCGGUCAAGGACCACGUCGAGCAAACCAAGCUGACGCCGUUCAUCGACACAGAGAAUCUGGAAAGCGGCAAAUCGGAAGAGAGAAGCUACGGGCCUAGCGACCUCGUGGAGGAUGAGCGGAGCAACCAGUCCGAUUUUUACGACUGCCCGCACGCUCCCAGACAAACACAGGAGAUGAGUCCUGGAGAUACGGUACACGGUUACGGACCCAGCCUGCUUUUAGACAUGUAGAAGUGAAGGAAAGCACCAUAAAGCCAGCAAAAUCCCCAGCACCUGUCCCCGGGACGUGCUUUGUUAAGGGAUGGGACUGUUCGUACACAUACAAGCCCUCACACGACGAAUGGGAUUCCCCCGGGUUUUCCGGUUCGUGGCACAAUGGAAAAACAAUGGCACAAAGUAUUGGUUUGAUUUUAAACCAAUACUUUUCAUACACUAGAUCAGGGAAUUGUUUUACUCUUUGUCUUCUUACUUGGAGCAUUAUUUGUCCGAUACUACUUCUACUUUGCUACAUAAUGUAGUUUUCUAUGCGGACAGAGUCUUGUCCUGCGCCCUUUGAACAAAGUUUUACAACAUCUGGUGCUCGGGUCACGUGACUUUACGGCUUUGUGCUUUAUUCGGUUAAUCAUGUUACGUUUUGCAUUCGUUUAAUGCUACGGUGUCAUGGUUUCUAUAAAAAUGUGAAGCAGCGUUUUUUUUGAGCGGCACAAAUAUGCGCAUAAGAGAGAUUUCCGAAGGGUUAAUGAUGCUGAAAGUUCAGGAACGGGUGACGUUUCACGUUAUUUUUAGAUUGUAAUAUUUCACAAUAUCGCUGUUUUUAUUUCUGAUCGGGUGUGGUGAGCAGGAGAGACUAAACCUUUUCAAAAAAAAUCUAACUCAUCCAAAAUCGUUGAAGAGCAGGGUGUUUAAGUUGCUACUAAGCAUCUUUAAUCUCUUCAAGACACUUUAACUUUGUUAUUUUUGUAUUACGUCAGCGCUUUUAUAAAACACUCCCGGCUUGCCAUUACAGUUUGGCCUUAAACUCGCCUUAACUCUGACACGAAGGGCACACUCCACCAGGACAACAGGAACUCUGAGGCCAAACUUCUUUAUUGCGCAAUGCACAACAACGAUGAUGGGAGAGCACAAGCGACUUCAUUCAUGCUGAACUGACAAGCCACUUUAUGUACUCAAAAACAAAGUUGUUUUUUUUAUUAAUACUAGACUGGGAUUUUACGAAAAAAAAUAGUACUUCUAUUUUUUGUAAUAUAUAUAUAGAUAUAACUGAUUGAAAGCCUAUGAAUGUGAUGUUUAAUUAAAUUUUGUACAAAAAGAAAGUGUUUAAGAAACAAA